GGAGUGCAGCGCUGAUGUCGAUUAUGAAAUGUAAAUAGUUGAAGCGUCGAUUUGGAGUUGUUUUUAUUAAGCUGAAGGGAGGGUGAUGAUGAUGAUGAUGAUGAUGAUCUCAUCCUUUAUGUCUUCAUGAGGAUGAAAACUCAACAUCGCGUUCAUCCUCGGAACAAGUUCACCUCUCCGUGAAGCUGCCAGGAUAAAAAACUGCUCCCUGAUUUUUUUUCUGAGUGCUCCUUCUUUCUUUCUUCUUCUUCUUUUUUUUUUAAAUCGAUGAUCGGAUUCUUUUCGCAUUUGCAGAUUUUGAUUUGAACUGAGUGGAAAAAAGAAAAAAAAAAGAAACGGAACACAUCCCGCGCCACCCAAACUUUCUUUAAUUCUUUUUUCUUUUUUUUAUGUCAUAUUUUUUUCUUCUGGUCUGGAGGAUUACAGCAGAAAUAUUCUGGGAGGUUUGAGGCUUCAUGUAGUGGAGGAAACAGGCUGUGCGUCAGAGGUUUAGAGAAGAGCAGCCGUCAUGUAUGCAGGACGCAAGAGGAGAAAACCAGUCCAGAGAGCGGUGAAGCAGCCGCCAACUGAAGGGGCCAAAUCUAACCCGUCCAAACGGCAUCGGGAUCGGCUGAACGGGGAGCUGGAGCGGCUGGCCAGUCUGCUGCCUUUCCCCGAGGAGGUCACCGCCAGUCUGGACAAACUCUCCAUCCUCCGGCUGAGUGUCAGCUACCUGCGAGCCAAGAACUUCUUCUCUGUCACACUGAACAGUCGGAAAGGAGUGACCGAUGGCGACAGCAAAACAGCAGGAGGGGCGGACACCAAGAUACCUGAAGGCGAUCUUUUGCUGCAGGCUCUCAACGGUUUUGUCCUGGUUAUCACUGCCAGUGGGACCAUUUUCUACUCCUCUCACACCAUCCAGGAUUACUUAGGCUUCCACCAGACGGAUGUUAUGCACCAGAGUGUGUAUGAACUGGUCCAUACGGAGGACCAGCAGGAGCUCAGGAGAAACUUGCACUGGGCUUUGAAUCCUCCUCCUCCUCCUGCUGCAUCCAUCACUCAGGACUCCCCCCAAGAGAUGGAACCGGACAGCAGCUCAUCGUUGGUCACCUAUAACCCUGAGCAGCUUCCCCCAGAAAACUCGUCCUUCCUGGAGAGGAGCUUUAUGUGUCGCUUUCGCUGCCUCCUGGACAACUCCUCUGGCUUCCUGGCUUUAAACAUCCAUGGCAGACUUAAGUUUCUGCAUGGACAGAACCAGCGGCAAGAAAACGGAGGAAAGGUCCCGCCUCAGCUCGCCCUUUUUGCCAUUGCGACUCCUCUGCAGCCUCCAUCUAUCCUGGAGAUCAGGACCAAGAACAUGAUCUUCAGAACCAAACACAAGCUGGACUUCACACCUAUGGCCUGUGACGCAAAGGGGAAGAUCGUGUUGGGGUACACAGAGGCUGAACUUCGGGUACGAGGAUCCGGCUAUCAGUUCAUCCAUGCAGCAGAUAUGUUGUACUGUGCAGAGAACCAUGUCAGAAUGAUGAAGACUGGAGAGAGUGGUCUGACUGUGUUCAGGCUCCUCACCAAGGAGAAUCGCUGGAAGUGGGUCCAGGCCAAUGCCAGGCUGGUGUACAAGAACGGCAAACCAGACUACAUCAUCGCCACCCAGAGGCCUCUUUUGGAUGAGGAAGGAGGAGAACACUUGCUUAAGCGCUCCAUGCAUCUACCAUUUACCUAUGCUACAGGAGAGGCCCUGCUCUACCAGUCAAACCACCCCAUAGCAGUCUAUAGAGAUGGAAGCCAUGAGAAAAAUGGCAGUAAGUCAAAGAAAAGCCGGGCUGACAGCCUGGUGAGGGAUGGUCUGGACCCCGGCUCUCUUCUAGGGGCGCUCAUGAGUCAGGAUGAGUCAGUGUAUGUUUGCCAGCCUGCCUUGGAGCCCAAAAUGUCAUUCCAUAGUUUCUUUGGAGAUCAAAUGGGCUUCUCUGACUCUGAAUCCUCCAGCUUGCACAGGAGCUGGGACGAACCAAGCAAUGGUGUGCUGGAUCCAGGCAACACACAGGCAACCACCAGCUUUGACCCACUGCUGUCUACUCUAGACUCCCUCUCCCUGGAAGGCCAAGGGGUUGUGGAUUCGGAAGAGGGGGGUUGUACAAUUAGUGAGCUGUUUGGGGCUCUGGAAGGGUUGGGGCUGAGUGCUGAGGAUCUAGAGCUGCUGCUGCUGGACGAGCGGAUGAUCAGAGUUGAGAUGGACCCUGAACGAGUGCCCACUUUGGAUGACCUGCUGACAAAUGAGGAAAUCCUUUCUUAUAUCUACGACUCCAUAGAGGGAAAGAUUGAUUCCACAGAAUGUGGAGGACAGGUGCCUCCCAGUACUUCCUCAGCGACAGCCACAGCAGUGUCACUACCUAAUAGUAAUCAAACUCCUGAUGCUAAUGUGCAAAUACAGUUUCCUCAGCAUAAGCCUCCCCGGGCAGAGCAGGCUCCCAUUGUCCAGCUAUCCCAGCAGAUGCAACAACACCUCAACAUGCGAUCCAGUAAAGUGGCCCAUGACUGGGGCCAGCGGAGUGACCAUUUGGCUAACACAAUAGCCGUUAAUGGAGACCUGCUGGGGAAAAAUCAUUCCCCAAUCCCCAAUGGACAAUGGACACCCCAAGACAUUCUUGCCAAUGCAGGGAUACAAGUGGAACACUAUAACACACAACAAACUAUUUUCAAUGGUAAGGCCUCAGAGCUGGAUGCCAAGCUUCAUCAGCAACAAAUGCAUCAACGCUACCUUCAGCAUCAGCAGCAACCCAGGAUGCAGAACCAUCUCUCACAGCAGUGCCAUGCCAAACAGAAGGCAGCCAACCUCAAUGGACUGUGUGGCAUCUCUAGCACAGAGCAUUCAGCCGGAAACCCCCAGUGGCAGGACUAUGGAUUCAGCGGAAGUCUGGGCAGCAACCUUUGCCUUGAUAACAGCCAAAAACCUCUGACAAACGCUUCACUAGAUUCUUGCAUGGAUUAUAGCAUGCCUGAUAUUAACAAUGUGGAUUAUACUAUUAGUGGAAGUUUGUUUGGGAGGAGUGGACAACAGCAUGGGUCGGAGUCCACAGUUUCAUCAUUCCAGGGCAUGAACCAUAAACAGCAGCAGCAGGAGCCGAUACCAGUUCCUUUGGCCCAAGUCAUCUCCAGCCUGUCGCAGUGCCCGCCCCCCAACGCUUCCCUUGAUCAGAUCCUAGGAGUUGGCAAGCCAUGCCAGCAGUUGGACCACUAUGGCACUAUGAUGACCUCUGAGAUCACCCAUGACGCCAGUCCCAAUAAGAUGGAGAAUGGUUGCUUCCUGAACAGUACUUAUCCUGGAGGCUGUGCCCUGCCCAAUAGAAACGGAGCAGUGCCCCCUACUGUCCAGAUGCCCAGUCCUGAGACUUUGUCCAGCCUCCCUGACCCACCAGCCACCGGUUUCUACCUCUGACCAGCAGACCACGGACAGUCAUGCAGCAGGACACUGUUAUUGGCCAGAAACACACAAUGACUGGACCAGCCUUAUACAUCUAGAUACCACGACAAACAAAGCUGAAUAAACGUAGGCCUAUAUGUUUUUGUUUAUUGUUUAUAUAUUUUUGAAAUAUUUGUAAUAUUUCUUUCUUUCUUUUUUUUGUUGGUGGGGCAUUGUGUUGUAUGUCAUAUUAUCAUAUGAGUCCUUUGUUUACAAUAAUGCAGUGAAGAGUGCUCAGUUGAGUUUAUUUUAAGUCAUACAGAAAAGUAAAUAUGAGUUUAUAAAGCAGGGUUUUUCUCAGAUACAACACGAAGCAGAUUCAGAGGUACCAAUAAUGAUAUAUGGUUCUAUGCAUUGUUUCUGUCAUUUCAUGUAGGAUUUUAUUAUAUUUGAUGUGCAAAGAAAGAGCAGGAGUAACACAAAGAAGUGAUGAGUCAGUACUUGGUGUUAUUGGUGGGUAAAUGAUUAAUACUUCACUAACGGAAGCUGACAAUAAGCCAUUAAAUAUCACAUGUAGUAGAUUAAGAGAUUACUUGAUCAACAGAAAUUUGACUGCAGCAAUUUUGCAAACAGGAAAACAUUUGCUGGUUCUAGGUUCUCAAAUGUCUGAAUUUGCUGCUUUUCUUUGUCUUUCAUGGAAGUAAGUUGAAUAUCAUUGAAUUUUGGACCGUUGGUCAGACAAACAAAGCCUGGAAUUUGAUUCUGGGAAAUUGCAUUUUUCAUCAUUUUCUGACAUUUUAUUGAAAACAUGAUUAAUCGAGACAAUAACUGGUCUUUGAAAAUGAAAUCUGUGCAAACAGGCAAACAGAUUGAGAUGAACUGAGGUUGUUGUGUGUCUCCACUUCAUGAAUGUACAGACAGAAAGGAGAAGAGCAAGAAUAUUAGUAUCUAACCAAGCAUCAAAUGCAGUUGUUUUUCAUGUGACUUUCGCUUGUAUAGUUAGGGUUAUUUCUUUUGCUUUGUAUCUGAACGCACCAUAAAACACACACAGUCUGCACCGGCAGUCAACAGGACAUCAGCUUCGCUCAUAGAUUUGCGUCAGGCUACGAGAAUGUAAUCUUUCAGUGUUCAGUCAUGUAUGUUUGAAAAAAAGUAUGGAAUAUGGAGUUUAUGGCUAGAAAUAUCCUGCACUUUAUUUCAAGCACCCAUUUGAUGCAGAUCUGCAGUCAGGGAUACUGGGGUUAUAAAACCAACAGACCCUGUUUCUUUGUUUGUUUUGUUUUGUUAUGUUUAUCUUUGAAGCUAGAGAUGCAAUUUGAACCAGUUUGCUUUUUUAUUCUCAUUUUGAGGUACAUACCAAGUGAUGGGUUCAUGUCCUCACAAGCACAAACACUUCCAUACAGAUGUCGGUGUCAUCAUUUGUUCUCCACUUGAAUUAUUAUUAUUUCUUUGUCUUUGUCGUUGAAUAAUGUUGAUAAUUUUUGACCUCGGGAUGAGUUUUCUUUCUUUUAUUUUGGUCAUUGUUAAAAGUUGAACUGACUCAAUUAGAAGAAGUCGGUUUUGAUUUCCUGUAUUUAUUCAUGUCCUGCAGCAAGUAAGCAGUCUUGAUUGUUUUGACAUUUAUGUUUAAGACAAAAAAAAAAAAAAAAAAAGAAAAAACGUUUUGUCAUCCUCCAGCAAAGCAGUGGUUGCACUCCAACCCCCUUCCUCCUCCAAUCCCCGUCCUUCAAGGGAAUUCUACAGUGAAUUCAGGUCCAACGCCAUUAUACUACAAUAUUUUUUAAGAGGAAAAGGCGGACAUGUUGGGGAAAUCUUCUUUGUUUGCUGUUUCAUCCAGUUGUAGGAAGUGAAGAGCACUGAAUACACAGUGAUGAAAUGAUAUUACUCACCAUUAUGUCACCAAAAGUGUGAGGCCUCUCCUUUCAAAUGGUAGAAAACUUGGUGAUAUAUCAGGUCAGUCAUCUACACAGGAUCAAACAGCAAACUCUGAAAAACCAAAUGUGAGGUUUUAAACGAGAUCUCUACUGGACGGAUACAGUUCUGAAUGUUUCUUGUACAUAGCAAAAUGUCUGGAAAAUGAUACAGAGUAGAAUUAUUUCAUCAAGAACAGAUGCUGAAAAGAGAUUUCCAUGAAUUGCUCAAAUAAUGUCAUUACUGUUGGUAUUAAUAUUAUUGUUCUAUGUUUUAUGUUGAAAUGUGAUACACAUGUGGUUACAUGUCAUUUGAACUGACUCGUUUCUUUCCCUUUUCUUUUUACUACAGCAGACAUGUUUGCUAUAUUUAAUAUGAUUGAUGUGACUUAUUAACAAUGUGAAAAAAAAAUGUGUGUAUAUAAAGGCAAACAAGCUUUGGCAAAAUACAGGUAUGUACAUAGUUUUACGUCAAGUCACUCAUUCCAAGCACUAUUUUUAAAACACAUGCUUAUCAAACUUUUCUGUUUUGUUGAUUCAUUUUUUUGUUUUGUUUUGUUUGUUUGAUUUUUGAAAUUGUAAAUAGUAGUCUCAUCACAAAACACUGGACUCUUAUGACAGCCAGAAUAUGGUGCCAUACUACUGAGACUUGUUAAAUAGGCUCUAAUGUUGGACAGCUGUUUAGCCACAGUAACGUUAACAUGCUAACAGGGCGAGGUGUAGAUGUUGCAGAUUUGACCCGUGUCCUUUGACUGCUUGUUUCAAAUGUAUUAUUUUCUUCCUUUAAAAUAAAGGAUUUCUUCCGAUCACAGUGAAAAACACACAAACAUUAACUGACCACUCAUACAGUACGUCUCUCUUUCUCUCUGAGCCCUCCCAAGUUUUGUAUUCACUUGAACAGCAGGGAAGGUUCCAACCUUUGCCAGCGACUACUUACUGUG